UCAUGUUGCAGUGACAGAUGUGGGGCGGGACUCUGUCACUCUCCUACACCGAGUUGUUGCAAAACUUCAGGCUGCAGCCCCGAGACCAGUUGUUCCAGACGCGUGCGAAAGGGGGAAGCCAGCCGUUCGUGGACUUGUUGAGGAAACCGUGAUCAUGGCAGAUGAAGCAGCGGUGGUGGAGGAAGGCGGCGCCAGCGCAGCCCAGAGCCCGCUGGUCGCGGUCAGCUUCCAGAGAAACGUCCACAGGAACAAGAAGUACCUGGAGGCUGAACCCAAGGCUCUGGGGGUCACUCAGAUUGGCCUGAGUGCGUUUCAGAUCAUCUGCGUGGGCGUGUUGCUGGCCAAGGGCCUGGGUCAGAUUCACACCGACGUAUCCUUCUUUAUUUCCUCCCUACUGGUGGUAAUCGCCGGGGCUGUUGCUGUAGCAGCACAGAAUCUCCAUCUGCCAACGCUGAGAGCCUGUCUGGGGAUGCAGAUAGUGGCUUGUGGUGCCUCCCUCUUCAACAUGAUCUGUAUUCUGGUUAAAAUGGAUCACAUGCCUUCUUUCUGCUGGGCCUACUACUAUGACAACAUCACACUUCACUAUGGUGAUAUCUGCAGUAAUAUUGAGAGCAUCCACUCCCACUUUUAUGCUGAGGGCGUGCUCAUCGAGGCGGCUCUGCUGGCCAUCUCCGUCACUCUGGCCGUCUACUGCUGCAAGGUGGUGAACUGCUGCACACCAGCGCCCAAAAUGACGGUGAUCACUGUGCAAGCCCCCGCCGUCCAACAGUGAGGAGACACAAGAGUGAGCAGCAAAGUUAGAGCUGCACCAAUUUUAUAUCAAUAAUUAAAUGACUGAUGAUGUAUAAUGUGAACUGUGAAUCUACAGAGAAUCACUCUGCAGUUACCCACUGCUCCACAGAGGUCUUUAGCCUCAUUUAGCUCAUUUUUUUUGCUUUUCAAGCUCGCCUCACGUUUCAAGACACAGCGUUUUUCAGAAACUGGUCGGGACCUAAACAGGAUCCCAAUUAAUGCAAAUGUUGGUCUUUAAACAAGCAACUUUUAGCAAAUGCAACUAUUUUAUAAGAUCAUUAUAUGUCAGUGUUGUUUUUAAAGCUUGACCUGUUGCCUGUAAGUGGUUAGAAAAAUAAUAAAUGGAGCUUUAGGAAAGAUCUUCAGUAGUUUUUGUAAAAAUACAAUGUCCUUACACUUUAUAUAUGACCAAAAGUCUUUUUAUAAGAUCUCUGUUUUUAUAUGUAUCUAUUCUCUUACAUGAAAUGUAAUCAUAACCGCUGUUCACACCUGGUAUUAACAUGCGCUUCAAGUGAUCUGGUCACACGUGGACACCUCUGAGUUUGUCAGUACCCUCCAGGAAUUAGUGUUCUCUAUAGUGACUUGAGAUCAGAUCUAAUUUCUACUCGCAAAGACCAAAUGUGAUGCCGAUUUUUUUUUUUAAAGAUAUCUUUGGGAUAUUUUCAAGCCUUUAAUGAUAGGAAGCACUAAGUGUGAAGGGGGAGAGAGUGGGGGGAGUCAAACCCAAGGCUGCUGCAGGAGGACUCGAGCCUCCACACAUGGGGCACCGGUGCUGCAUAAGUGAGCUAACCAACUCCGCGUGGUGCUGUUUUUGUUUAAGUGACAGGAGGCACCAAAGCACUUCCUGUGACUUUUCUAGCAGAAAUCAAAAGAAAAAGAAAUCAAAACAAUACAGACUGGGCCUAUUACUUGUUCCAGGCGAAAUGAAUCGCUCAAGAUGGCGGAUGUCGAUGCCAGGUUGGAACAGGGCCUAAGUCUAUUAUGGCCACAAGAGGCAACUACACCGUAAUGAAUUGAAAAUGUUGGGUGAGAGUAGUGAUGGAGAAAAGUAGUAAAGUACGUUAACAUUUCUGUAACAUCUGUAUAUCUACCUGUAAAGUUUGCAAACAUUAGCCACCAUAAGCUACUGCAUACACACCAGAGGGCAAAUGUGUUAUUUCUCCUUUUAAAAUGUCCCUGUCUGAGGAACAUUACAGAUGCACAUGAAUGCUUUGCUGAAACUGCUUCGGUGUUGGUAACUUUUUAUUGAUCACUGCCCAAAUAAUGCUUCACUAUUGUUUUGUGCGUCACUGCAACUAACAAACUAUCAAUAAUAAAAGGUUAGCGUGUAUUGGAGUUUUGCAGUCGUUUCUGUUAAUGGUGAAAAAGACAGGUGUGGUUUCAGUCUGUCUUAUUUAAGACUGAUUUUUCUUUAUGUUGUAAAAUUACAAUAAAAAGCUCAUAAGAUCA